GUGUUGUCACACAAGCAGGAAUAACAUCUGAACUCUAUGGAAAAAGAUGGUGUUUGUUGAAGAGGAAAAUGAUCCUGAAGCAUAUACAGUGGAACAAAGAGAUCUCCUGGGAGUGAAUGAGGAGAAACGUCACAGUUUCAUAACUGGAGAAGGAUCUUUGAGCUGCUCACAGAACUGCAGACCUCGACGUUCAAAGGCUAAAUAUUCUUUCACGUGGCUUCAGUGUGAAAACAGUUUCACAAAUGAAGAAGGCAUAGACCUUCAUACCGGAAAAAAACAGAAGAAGCCGUUCACCUGCAAUCAGUGUAAAAAAAGCUUCGCAAUUAGAGGAAGCCUUCGGCGUCACAUGAGAUUUCACACUGGAGAGAGGCUUUGCACGUGCCAACAGUGUGGAAAUAACUUCAUGUCAGCAGCGCACCUCAAUAGACACAUGAGAGUUCACACUGGAGAGAAGUCUUUUGCGUGCCCUCAGUGUGGGAAAACUUUCAAAAAUAAAUCAGGACUCGAUUAUCAUCUGCACUCACACUCUGGAGAAAAGCCUUUUAACUGUGAUCAGUGUGAUAAAAAGUUUGCCUUUGGAUACCGUCUAAAAGUCCACCUGAAAGUUCAUGCCAAUGAGAAGCCUUACUUGUGUUCAUUUUGUGAAAAGCGUUUUUCCCGGCUGCAGUAUUUUAAACUGCACCAGAAAUGGCAUACUGGGAGUGAUUAUGUGUGCUUGGAGUGUGGGAAGGCCUUUAUUUCAGCAAACCAAUUGAAGACUCAUGAGAGAAUUCAUACAGGAGAGAUGCCGUUCAAGUGCUCUCAUUGUGACAAGACAUUCAAAGUGUUAGGAAACAUGAGAACACAUGAGAGAGUACAUACUAGAGAGAAACCAUACCACUGCUCUCCAUGUGGAAUGCGCUUCACACAAUUAGGUUCCCUACAGAGUCAUAUCAAAAAACACUGUCCAAAGUCGUCACAAUGAGCCAGUCUUCACCAUUAGAUCUAAUAGUGUGAGAUUCAGAAACUCAAAACAUGAAGUUUCCCCAGAACAAUAUAUAAAAUAUAGGAGGUUCAUUUUCUGAAUUUACCUGCUGUUGAUGGUCACGUAUUAGUUCUGAGCACGAGUGUGUUGCUGUGUAGGGAUGUUUUUCUUUUUUGUUGGAGGUAGUGAUAGCACUUAUUGCAUGAGUUGUGCAUGGUAUGUUUGUUUUAAUAAUGUAUUUCCAUCCAUAUCCAAAUCUGUACAAUUUUAAACGAUUUUAUUGUAUUGAUCUAUUGGCAGUUUUCAAGGUGAUGCAUAGGCAACUGACAAGACUUGCUUGGAAAGGGAAUAAAAGAGUGCUGUGGUGUCUUAACUAGCUCAGCUCUUACAGUUUGGAUGAAAAGAUGUCUGUUUUAGCAGUAAAGCCAAUUUUCUACUAUGUAGGAUGUUUGCAAAAGCCUGUCUAGUGUUCUAGUUUUA